AUGUCUGACAAGAUGAAAGAACUCAUUGAGAUUCCCCAGGACUUCAUUCGUGACGGCAACCAAUUCCUCACACGGUGUACCAAGCCUUCGCAAAAGGAGUUCUUGCAGAUUUGCAAGGCUGUCGCCAUCGGCUUCGCUGUUAUGGGAUUCAUCGGGUACUUCGUGAAGCUCAUCCAUAUCCCAAUUAACAACAUCCUUGUCGGAGGUGCAUAG